AUGUCUGAUAGUGGAAGUGGAUACGGAGAAGCGUCUUCUUCGGUGUGGGGAAAGAAGAGGAAGAAAACCGAGGAAUGGAAGGGGAAGAGAACAGAACCAUGCGCGUGCACAGAAUGCGGAAAGAAGUUCUGGUCAUGGAAGGCACUGUUCGGGCACAUGAGAUGCCACCCCGAGAGGGAGUGGAGAGGGAUCAAUCCUCCUCCCAAUCUCAAACGACAGAGAGGCAUCACGGAGGAAGAGCGCGAGGUGGCUCAGUGUUUGCUAUUGCUUGCCAAUGGGAAUGCCAAUGCCAAUGCCAUUGAUGAUCCUCACUUCGAAUGCUCCAACUGCAACAAGGUCUUCGGUUCCCACCACGCUCUCGGAGGCCACCGCGCCAGUCACAAGAACGUCAAGGGUUGUUUUGCCAAUGCCGUAACAACCCACGACGACAACAACACCAACACCAACACCAACAACAACAACAUGAUCAUUGGCUUCGGUAAUUCCAUUUCUGCCCCUCACAAGUGCAGCAUAUGCCUGAGGGUAUUCUCCACCGGACAAGCACUCGGUGGCCACAAGAGGUGUCAUUGGGAGAAAGGGGACACUGUCUCUGUCUCACCCAACUCCGUCGACUUGAAUUUCCCUCCCCCCGAUGAUCCCUCUCUCGAUCUGAGGUUGGGUCUUUAG